AUGAAAGAAUAUUUCUAAUAAUUUGGUUUAAUAAAAUAAUUGAUAUUGAGGAAUGAAUAAGAUGAAAAGGUUAAAGAUGAAACUAAAGUAUGUUUUACUUUAGCAUUUACUUCUUUUGAUGCUUAAUUAAUUUUAUAGGAAUAUGAAAAUAUACAAGUUGGAUAUUAAUAAUCAAAAUUUAAUAUUUCAGAUUCUCAAAUAAAAAUUUAAAAGCUUCACUAUAAACAUAAUGAAUAUGAAAAGAUAUUGAGUGAAUUAUAUGAAGAAGUUUUCUGUAAAAAAGAAAUCUAAACAAUUGAGAUUAAAAGUAAUAUUCUAAAAAAUAAAGAACAUUUUUAGAGUUUUGAUCAAGUAAUUAAAGAAUUGGAUCAUUUUUAGUAACUCAGUUAAUUGGAUUAAAAAUAUAUUGAAUAGUAAUUAAUUUAUAAAAUUGUUGCUAAUUAAUCUCAUUUAAAUUUGGUAGAUUAAAAAGAAUAUCAUGUAUGAUGAAAAAUGUUAAUAUUAGGUUUAAUAAUAAAAAAGCAUCAGAAAUUUGAAGAUAUUAUUGAACUUUACAAAGAUCCAAUUAAAUUUAUCUUGGGAAUAGAAGAAAUUGAAAAUAAUAUUAUUUUAGAUUUAUAUUCAGAAAUCAUUUAGUGAUAUUCAACAUUAGAUGAAAUUAUGA